GUUAUGACACUUCCGGAUUAGGUAUGGAUGGCGGCUGCAGCAGUUCAGUCCAAACAGAGUUGUAAAGUUUGAUAGUUAGCUUACCGUUGAAGUUAUUGUGACAAUAUAUUUUCAACCGGAGUUUAUAUACUAUCUUGGACUAUAGCAGUUUCCUCUUCAGUAUUCGAAGCUAAGAUGGAAGAUGAGUGUGGUAGGUUUCCUCCAGAACCAUCAGAGGGUAACUCACAGAGAGGAAGUGUGGCCUCCUCUGUCACUCGCGCUCAAGAUGUCCUUGUGUAUCUGGUGGGUGACAGUGCUGUACACCUGUGCAUGGAGGGGGUUGGCUGUGUGAGUGUCCAGGAGCUGGGUCGCUGUGUAAGGGAGGCUCUCCAGAUUCCAGAUCUUGCCAUGGAUGCUUUUGCAUUCUGGCUCUGUUCUCCUCUGCUUGAACUGCAGUUGAAGCCAAAGCACCAGCCUUACAAACUAUGUCGCCAAUGGCAGGACCUGCUGUAUCGCUUCACUGAGGCCUCAGAGGACGACAUAUCACAAGAUGAACCGUGCCUGCAGUACAGAAGGAAUGUGUUUUAUCCCAGGUCUAAAGAGCUGCAGAUUAAAAAAGAGGAGGUGUUGAGACUCCUUUACGACGAGGCACGGGUUAACAUCCUCGCUGGCCGCUUCCCCUGUGACCCUGAGACUUGGAUGGGUUUGGGAGCUCUGUCAUUCGCUGUGGAGGUGGGAGUCGGUCUAGACACCCAGGAAGCUACAUCUGCUUUAAGGGAGAGGAAGCUGCUCUCCUUCCUGCCCGCCCACGUGUUAGGGGGGAGCGGGGGGCUGUUCUCAACUCUGAGAGGGAAAGGGGUCCGUAACGCCGGCCUGGAGCACAGCCUUUUAGAGGAGUAUCAGAAGAUCAGCAUCUCAGGCAACACCCCCGCAGAGCGCACCACUCAGCUUCUGCUCCAGUACCUCAGCGCCUGCCACUCUCUGCCUUACUACGGGUGUGCUUUCUUUUCGGGGGAGAUUGACAAGCCAUCCCAGGGGAUUCUUCACCGAGCAGGACUGAAAGCUGUCAAUGUGGGCAUCAGUCUGGAGGGGGUGUACGUAAUGGACAUUAAAGAGAAGCAUGUGCUCCUUGGCCUGCGCUUCAGCGAGCUGUCUUGGGACCACAGCUACCCCGAGGGGGAGGGGGACUCCCAUAUCCUGUGGCUCGAAUUCGACGGGGAGGAGGCCGGCACCCCUGUCAACAAGUUACUGAAGAUCUACUCCAAACAAGCGGAGCUUAUGAGCGGACUUAUUGAGUUAUGCGUGGAGCUGCGCUCGCUAGCCGACGGAGGGGCGGCCACUGGAACGGAUGGUGAGCUGGUCAGUCCGUCCGAUCAGCCUGCUGGACAGGCGGGGGGCGGGGACAGAGGAAGGGGCGGUCGCCGCGGGAGACUGCACAGGCAGAGCAGCGUGGUGUGCAGUCGGGUCCAGUCACUGAACACCAUCAGCUACGUGGACAACGGUAAAGAAAUCAAACGCCUAAAGCCAAAGAGAGCGGCUUCCUUUUUCACCAGGCAGACACAGCCGCCAACCUACACAGCAGUACAGGUGGCGGAGAGUUUAGAGCAAAGGUGAGCCAUGUCUCGGGUAUAGGCACUGCUCUGUACUAACUGAAGACCAAAACUGGACAUGCCCCGUUGAGAGUAAAAAGAUACGCAAGGAGUUGAAGAGUUCAUGUUGCUGAGUGUUGAGACACUAUGGACCAAGGGUGGGAUUUAAAUAUGACUAAAUAUGUGUGUUAAUGUUGUGUAUAUGAAGUUGUAUGACAAUAUUGGCAUUGUUUAGGUGCUGCUAAGGGACAUGUAGUUGUUUGCCAGGUCGAGUUGACCAGCUACCUGUUUGUAAAAGAUGAAUAGGACAUUAAUUGUUGAGUGGUAACGCUCACUGUGGAGCCCACAUUUAUCAGGAACUCCUCGUGGUGGGGGGGACCUUUAUUAGAGUUCUCCCCUAGAGGGGUUUGUGUACAGUGACUACAUAUCAUCCUCUGAUGGAUGCAGUGCCCUUGGAAAUCAAACAACACACAAGGGCAUUGUACUAAUAUGAAAAAAGGUGGAUGUUGAAGGCUGUGCAACUUGAUCAAACCUCAGUCUUUGUACCAAAACAACGUCUCUUGCAGUAGUGAAUGCUGCUCAGUCUAAACACUCCGAUUCACGGUCGUCAUUAAUUGUCUCCGUCCCCCUCCCUGGCGUGACAAGGUGAGCCUCUAUAUCGUAGCCCACUCACUGAUCCAACUAGUUUUAGACUGGUUGCUACUACAUGCAAGGGCUGCUUGUCUUGAGAGGGGAGAGACUAUGGGGACUUUCCUAACCUACAAAACAAUAUUUAAUUCCAGAAUUGGUUUAAAUUAUGUCCAGUCUGAGUUAGGGACUUUUUUAAAAAUAUUUUUUCUAUUUUGCACUUCUGAUUCCCGUUAGUCUACCCCACUUGACCCUGUCCAUUGACAAAUGGUAUGAGUGUUUCCUGUUGACAGUUCCUCUGCUGGCCCCUUCAAUGUGUCAAUAUGAGAACAGCGAUUUGUAUACAGUUGUGAUUAAGUUUUCACACAAACUGAAGGGGUGUUUCCACUAUAUAUUUUCAAUUAUGCAAGCAUAAAUGCAACAUACAACUAAACUGUAUAAUUCACACUAUGCAUGUUGUAUUCCUUUAAAAAGAUUUCAGUCCACUCACUUUCUGUAUGUGCACAUCAUUCAGUACAGUAGACACCACUACAUCUGAAAUACUGUAACAUUUUUACAUUUGGUGAUUCUUUGAAUUUGUAUUUUUAUCUGAGUAAUAACUGUUGAACAUUCGACUGUCAUACAUGUUCUGUCUCACACACAUGAAGCAAUAGGUCACAUGAAACCUUAUUGUUUUUCAAGUGCCUUUUGUUUCAGUAUUAAUUUGUUCUGAGUGACCGAACAGAACAUUACCACAUGCCUUCUGUCUUCCCUGGCUAUACCUUUACCUCUUGUGUGCACACAGACUGUCAAAUAUCCAACCCUGUAACAUCACGAUUUUAUUUGUAAUUAAUAUGAAGUGCACUACCAAGCUUAACCAGUGUAGGUUUAGUAGAACCUAUUUAAACCAUUUGUAUUCAGCUUUGUACUAAUGUUUUGACAAGUGAAAAACUAAUAUGA